AUGCCAAGAAAAAGAAAGCUGUUGGCUCAAUUAAGUGCUCUCCAAAGCAGCUCCGGCUUCCCUCCUUUUGAUGCCUUGGAGAACCUGAACGCUACACCUGAUGAGGAUUGUUCUCCAAAAAGCAGCAAAUAUUUUGCGAUAGAGAAAAAAAAUUCUUCCCAGCUAGAAGCAGAUUUUUUCAACCAACCCUGUGUUAGUCUGGCCAAGUCCUUUCUGGGACAGAUUUUAGUUCGCAAACUUCCUGAUGGCAGAGAACUCUGGGGGAGGAUUGUUGAAACAGAAGCUUAUCUGGGUGGGGAAGACGAAGCUUCCCACUCAAAAGGUGGGAAGCAAACUCAACGAAACGCGGCAAUGUUCAUGAAGCCAGGAACUCUGUACGUGUAUCAGAUCUACGGGAUUCAUUUCUGUGUGAAUGUUUCCAGCCAAGGGGAAGGGGCUGCGGUAUUACUUCGCUCUUUGGAACCUCUUCAGGGUUUAGACGCAAUGAGAGAGCUGCGCAGUGCUUCGAGGAAAGGAGCCACAAAGCUGCUGAAGGACUGGCAGCUGUGUAACGGGCCCUCCAAGCUCUGCCAAGCAUUUGGGAUUGAUAAGGCUUUUGAUCAAAGGGACCUGACUCAAGAUGCAGCCAUCUGGAUGGUACCUGGACAUGUCCUACCAGGGGAGCAGGACGUGGUAGCCACAACAAGGAUUGGUAUUGGCAACAGGGGAGAGUGGGCACAGAAACCUCUCAGGUUUUAUUUACGAGGAAACAAAUUUGUGAGCGUUGUAGACAAGAAAAUGGAGAGAGAGAUGGGAGCAGUGGGACACUUCUCUUGCAGCUGAUGAGUCUUGCAAGCAUGCCACUGACCAGGACCUGAGCUGUGCUCUGUAUGGUAGCCUUAAGCUAUGUCAUGGCAGCAAGGGCAGACAUAGUGGCUUGGAGGUUUUUAACAAUAAA